CGGAGGAGGAAAGGAGUGGACAACUACCUCCUCUUCGUUUAAAGACGAAAAAGCGAAAAAUAAAAAUCUUACCUCGCGAAAUCCUCGUCGAACAAGGCUUGUUCUAAACCUCUUUUUUCAAGUUUUAUAUAUGAGAAGGGAAAAAGCCAGAUCGGAAGUUGAAACCCUAGAUCGAUUAUCAAGAAAAUUUAGGUUUUCAAAUUUGCUUUUCAAUCUCUCCAGGUUGUCUUCUAUUCAUUCGUUCUGAAUCAAGAAAUUUAGUUAAGAAGUUGUGAGUUUUUGUAUAAAGUUCGUAUUUUUUGGGGGUGUUGUUCUGUUGGAUUGGAUUUGAGAUUUCUGGUUUAGGUUAAUUGAAGAGUAGAUGGCGGUCGAAGGUGGGGAAGAAGUUGAUUAUGAGAGCGAUCCAGAGGAGGCGAUGCUGACCUUGGCGAUGCGGAGGAGGGAAGCGAGUGAUGAUGAGGAAGGAGAUGGAGAGGAGAAAGAGAAGCCGCUGAGGAAGGAUCUUAGGCCUGGGACCGUUUCGGAUGGUGAAUCGGAGGGUGAAGGUGGAGCACCUGCGUAUGAUGAUGAAGAAUCAGAGGAGGAGGAGGAGGAGGAGGUGGGAGAGGAAGAACACGAAGAAGAAGAAGUCGAAGAAACAGAGGAGGGAGAAGGGGAAUUUGAGGGGAGAGCUGAUGUCGAUGCAGCUGAUUUCGUGGUUCAGGUCGCAGCGCCGGGUUCUGUUGGAGACGGGGGAAUAUCAAGCGGUGAACCAAGCGAAUUUCAAAAUAACAACCAGAAUCAGGUGGAAGAUGAGAAGAAGGAGAAUGAGCCAUUCGCUGUGCCGACUGCUGGUGCUUUUUACAUGCAUGAUGACCGGUUCAGAGACAAUGGUGGCGGUCGAAGGCGCACUCCUGGUGGGCGGAAGUUGUGGGAAUCAAGAGAUGACCGGAAGUGGGGGCAUGAUAAGUUUGAAGAGAUGAAUUCCUUGGAAACACACUAUGAAGAUGUGAGGAGAAAAUCUAAAGGUCAUUAUCGUGGUCGUGGGAAGAACCGAGGUAUGGACCAUGGGUUUGCAAGAAGAAGCAGGUCUAGAGGUUAUGACAACAGUAGCAAUCAAAACCGUACUUCUAAGGCAGUGAGAGGGAGAGGGCCCAGAAGGUAUGAACCUCCUGCGAAGAACAACAUUGAGCCUCCAAUGAAUCGAAACAAACAUUCUGGGAAAGCAGGUCAGACAACUUCAAAUGUUAGUUCAGGGAGAGUACCCGCAAAUGCAUCAAGUGUACAAUCAGAUCCAGUUCCUCCCAGGAAAAAUGUUUUUGCAUCAAGCUUGAGUUCUGCUUCUCCUCCAUUUUAUCCAUCUGGUUCGUCCAAUCAAGACAUCUCUGUACCACAGAAAAGGGAUGUACCAUCUGGAAAUGGCAGUAGGAACCUUUCACCUUCUGGAAUGGAGGAUAAUUAUUCUUCACCCCAAUCCAAUGCAUUGCUCAGAGGGAAAAAUGUGGCUGAUCCUACUGGUCUCGACAGGCUUUAUAUUGAUGAGUCGGUUUGUACAGUUUCUGGGAAGCCAUUAAGCAAUCUGCAGAUGCAGGCUUCUGGAACCUCGCACAUUAUUACAACUCAGGCUCUUCAUUCCAGGGCCCAGGGAAGGGGUGUAGCUAGCCCAGGACAGAUCAGUUAUCAGCCAACCCCACCUCUUAACCAGGUUAGAGUCUCUGCACAACCCUCUUCUGUUCAGCUGAGGCCUGUUCAAAUUCCAGUCCAGUCUUUGCGAGCUUCUAGUCAGCAGUUGGGUCAGCGAGCAGGUGGUGGAUCUCAAGCCUCUUCUCCACCAAAAGCUGCAUCAAGGAAUUCUCCUGAACCUGGAGAAUCAGAAUCUCCUCCAGGCUCAAGUAAGUCCAAGUCUGCUAUAGUUGGAAAAGGGAAAGGCAACAUCCAAAGCAGUGGAAGAGGGUCUUUUCUGUACAAUGGUGCUCAGGUUAUUGGAGCCACUGGGACGAUGGGCGUUGUUCGUGGUGAUCAAAGCUUUCCUGCCACUGCAGCACUUUUGCCUGUUAUGCAAUUUGGAGGUCAGCAUCCUGGUGGUAUUCCUGCUGUUGGUAUGGCACUUCCUGGAUAUGUUGCGCAGUCACAACUUGGUUUUGGGAAUUCUGAUAUGACGUGGGUACCAGUCUUGGCUGGUGCUGCAGCAGGGGCUUUAGGAGCUACAUAUUGUUCUCCUUACCUUGGUGUUGAUGGUGGUUAUUGUGCUCGUCCAUCAGGGCAGGCAUCUUCCUUGGGUCCAUCUGGCAAAGAAACAAGUCCAAGCAAACCUAAUACUGUGUGGAGGAAUCCUCAGAGACCUGAACUUGUAAAUGAUGAGUUUGGGCAACGUCAAAACAAGCCUCGUAGAUAUUCGGAGAUGAACUUUGGCCAGUGAAGUACAUAGAUAAGAUUGAGUAAAUUUGAAUAAGCACCUAAGGCCUUAUCCGGGCCUUGUGAUCUCCAGCUUUUGUUUGGAGCACUUUGGGGAGCAAUUUGUCGAGAGAUAUGCUAGUUAUUAACAAACGCCCGCUCAUGCUGCGGUUGAUUUCAGAAGAGCAUUGCAGCUUGACGGGUGGCAGUUCCUUGUUGAAAUGUGCGGUUCUUUGGCUUGUUGGUUUUUUCGUUUGUGAAGCUUGUGGGAAACGUAGUGAGCUUCUUCAAGAAUGAUACUCUAGAAGGAGAGAAAAAAAAAAAAAAAAAAAACCAAAAGAGAAAAAAAAAAAGGAUUGCUGUUAUUGGUUAGUGAAGUUAUUAAUAUGUUUUCCCAUCCAUAUCUCGAUGAUAUUUGUUGAUCUGUGGAGAUUAUAAGUAUGGUUGGCUAUAUGGUUAUAUACUUCUCUUUUCGUUUAUGAUUGCUGAUCAAACUAUUACUGUAAGUACAUAUCUUUAUUUAGAUGGCGUUCUCUAUGUUGUGUGGUUUCUUCUCGUAUUGGGGACUUAAGAAGCUACUGAGAGAAUCCUGAGUGGAAGACUAGAUAAAUGACUUGUAUCUGAGUUCCCAAUUUAUGGUUGCGGUUUUGUUGUUGUGUUGUGCUUUA